AUGUGUUUCCAGGGGAACACCGUGAAAGGUCGGAUACUUCCUGUGUUGCUGCUGCUGCGGCUGCUGCCAGGAGCUGAGGGAUGCGAAAGAGGGAGAGCGAAAUGGAGUUUCACUAAAGACAGAAGUAACGGACGGCUUUUCCUACAAACUAAACACAAAUUCAAGAGUGGGUAUCGUGUGAGGACAGCCACAGAGCAACACAGAAGGGAAGGGGGGAAUAUCGCAGCCGGCUCCAAAGAUAUUAUUUUAUUUUCAGGGCUACGCGCUGGAAAUGAAGCUAUUGAAACCAAGUUGGGUCAGUCACAAUGGAAAGCCUAUAUUUUCUGUGGACAUCCAUCCAGAAGGAACCAAGUUUGCUACUGGCGGGCAGGGAGAGGAUUCUGGAAAGGUGGUGAUAUGGAACAUGUCCCCAGUCCUCCGGGAGGAGGAUGAAAAAAAUGAGAACAUUCCCAAGAUGCUUUGCCAGAUGGACAAUCACUUAGCCUGUGUGAACUGUGUGCGCUGGUCCAACAAUGGCGUGUAUCUGGCCUCUGGAGGCGACGACAAGCUGGUGAUGGUGUGGAAGAGGGCAGCGUAUAUUGGACCCAGCACGGUGUUCGGGUCGAGCAGCAAACUGGCGAAUGUGGAGCAGUGGCGGUGUGUGACUAUCUUGAGGAACCAUACAGGGGAUGUGAUGGACGUGGCGUGGUCCCCUCAUGAUGUGUGGCUGGCGUCCUGCAGCGUGGACAACACCAUCGUCAUCUGGAACGCCCGCAAGUUCCCCGAGAUGGUGACCGCGCUGAAGGGCCACACCGGCCUGGUGAAGGGGCUCACCUGGGACCCCGUGGGCAAGUACAUCGCCUCCCAGGCUGACGACCACAGCCUGAAGGUGUGGAGGACCAUGGACUGGCAGCUGGAAACCAACAUCACCAAGCCUUUCAAUGAGUGCGGAGGGACCACUCAUGUCCUGAGGCUCAGCUGGUCUCCAGACGGUCAGUAUCUAGUCUCCGCCCACGCCAUGAACAACUCGGGCCCCACGGCGCAGAUCAUCGAGCGGGAUGGCUGGAAGACCAACAUGGACUUUGUGGGCCACCGCAAGGCUGUGACUGUGGUGAAAUUCAACCCCAAAAUCUUUAAAAAGAAGCAGAAGAACGGGAGCUCUCCCAAACCCAGCUGCCCGUACUGCUGCUGUGCUGUGGGCAGCAAAGACCGCUCCGUCUCCGUCUGGCUCACAUCCCUGAAGCGCCCCUUAGUGGUGAUCCAUGACCUGUUUGAUAAGUCUAUCAUGGAUAUCACAUGGACUCUGAAUGGCCUGGGCAUCCUGGUGUGCUCCAUGGAUGGCACAGUGGCGUUCCUCGAUUUCUCUCAGGACGAGCUGGGGGACCCCCUAAAUGAAGACGAGAAGAACUCCAUUCACCAGAACAUCUAUGGGAAGAGCCUGGCCAUCACCACCGAACCCCAGCUGUCCACCACCAUCAUCGAGAACCCCGAGAUGCUGAAGUACCAGCAGGACAAGGAGCCGGCCGCCCGGCGCAGUGCCCCCGGCCUGGAGGCGCAAGCAACCAAGCUCACCAGCGUGGUCAACGGGGAGUCCCUGGAGGACAUCCGUAAGAACCUGCUGAAGAAACAGGUUGAGACGAGGACGGCGGACGGGAGGAGACGGAUCACCCCGCUUUGCAUUGCUCAGCUGGAUACCGGGGAUUUUUCGCCUGCCCUGUUCAACAGCGUUCCCAUCCUUCCCGGCUCCUCCAUGUCGUCCCAGCUGACCCCCCAGCUCUCCUCUGACUCCAGCACGGCCAACUCGCUGGGCCUGCGCCCCGCCCAGGACCCCCCCUCUGCCCCCCCUGGAAAGCCCCCAGAGGAGCCCAAAGAUGGCAGUGUUAGUGCCUCUGCUCCAGCAGUGAACUCCACCGCCAUGAAGACUAGCCUUCUGCUAACCUCUGCAGCCAAGAUGGAGCCGAUGAAAGCGCUGGAUUCCCGAUUUACUGAGAGGUCAAAGGCCACACCGGGGGUGACAAUCUCCUCUGCCGUUAGUGUAGGCUCGCUGGACAGCAGAGUGAAAGACGUCAGCACUUUAAAGGAUUCCAAAUCCAAGGACGACACCAGCAGCGACAGCGAGGACAAAAUUGCUGCCGUCAAAUCACUGAGCUUCAACAAGCGAAAGGCGGAGCUGGACAGCCCAGAGGUGGUGGAGAAGAAGAAGAAGGGCCGGCCCAGGAAAGACUCUAAAAUGGGCGUACCGGUGACCCAGCAGGCCCUGCUGCAGGCCCCCCCGUCCACAGAGAAGGAGUCUGUGCGUGUGGCGCCCCCUGUGGCCCUCUUUAAGCUGCCCACCCCUACGCCACAGAAGGCCUUCUCCCUGCAGAUCAGCGUUGAGCCCUCGCUGUACAUCGAGGUGGAGAACGAGGUGUCGACGGUGGGCGGGGUUCGGUUCAGCCGGCUGCGCUGCACGCGGGAGGGGCGGGACUGGGACACGCUGCUGGCCAGCCGCAUCCUGACUGCAGCAGGGAGCAGUGAUGUCAUCGCAGUGGCUUGUGAGGACCGCAUGCUGUCGGUGUUCUCUGCCUGUGGGCGGCGGCUCCUCCCAGCGAUCCUGCUGCCGGCGCCCAUGUCUGCGCUCCACUGCUCCGCCUCCUUCGUCAUGGCGCUGACCGCCUGCGCCACGCUGUCCGUCUGGGACGUACAGAAGCAGAGUGUUCUUGUGAAAAAUGAGUCCCUACAGACCAUCCUAUCAGGCACGGACAGCACAGUUUCCCAGUCCCUGCUCACCCCACAGGGCGUGCCUGUGAUCAGCCUGUCUAACGGGAAGUCCUACUGCUUCAGCUCCUCCCUGGAGACCUGGGCCCUGAUAGCAGAUAAGCAGGACCUGCUGGUGCAGUGCGCGGACUACAGAACCUGCCUGCCCUCUCAGGACGCCAUGGUUACCACCGGACCUCUCGCCCUCAUGCAGGGCCGCACUCUGAAUGCAGGCCGUCUUGCCUCCAGACUGAGCUCGGUGCCGCUCCACCUGCAGCAGGGCGUGACUCUGGCGUACCUGGAGAGCCAGCUGGCGUCUGCGCUCGCCCUGCGCUCCAGCGAGGAGUACCGCCAUUGGCUGCUCAUCUACGCCCGCUUCCUGGUCAACGAAGGUCCUGAGCACAGGCUGAGGGAGCUGUGUAAGGACUUGCUGGGCCCGGUGCACAGGUCCACCAGCAGCGCAUGGGACGCCUCUAUUCUGGGCCUGCGGAAGAGGGAGCUGCUGCUGGAGGUGCUCCCGGUCAUCGGGCAGAACCUGCGCUUCCAGAGGCUGUUCACGGAGUACCAGGACCAGCUGGAGCUUCUGCGCAAUAAAUAGCACUUCUGCACCCUGACUCCACCCACUAGCCCUGAUACAGGCCCACUGAGGCUUUGCCCCCUGGACCAGGGGCAUGUGCCCUGCCUCAGAAAAUGGGCCCCCCCCAGCGGGGCCUUCUCUCCAAGGGUAGCACUGUACUGGGGCAGCAUGGGGGGGGUCAUAACGGUGAUAACAGUGAUAGUAGUUGAGAUGAUGAUGCUAAUAAUGAAAAUAAGAAUUAAUGAUGAUGAUGAGGAAAGACAGGAGGGACAGCGCUAUUGGCUGUGGACAGUGUCCGGGGCAGAAGGGGUGCCUGAGGAGCCACGCCCCCAGCAGGAUCUCCCCCGGCAACACGCUGGCGGCCGAUUGGCUCAAACACUAAUGCAGCCCCGCCUCCGCUGGCCUCGCCCAGAAGGCGCUCCGCCUCAGGCCUGGUCAGAGUGCCUGAACUGUCCCGCGGUUCUCUCCCUCAUCCGUUUGUACAGCCUCUUUCUGUUAGUCAUUUUUAAAUGUUUGUACAAGGCAUUUUCUUUUCCAUUUUCUAUAAAAAAACAAAACCACAGCAAGCAAAAACUGAAAUAAAUGAACAAGCUUUGA